AUGAAGUUGAUGGUCUUCCAUCUAAUCCUGGUUGGUCUCUCUACCGUAUCAGCGACAGCAAUCACCAAUCGCUUACUGGAGAACUAUGAACGAAAAUUGAACAGUCUCAACGGGUUUAUUGAACGAAGGCGAUCCAAUGGGAAACAUAGAAUGAAGCGGUAUCGCUGCAUCGAGGAAUAUGUGGAUGAACACGGUAACGUCAUCGAGGAAGGCGAAGAACACUUCACUACUGUAGCUCCUAUUACGGAUCCAACUCUAGGGCGAUCACACUUUCAGUGGAAGUCAGCUUCGCAACAGCAAGGAUACGACAAAGACAACCCUAUGCUAUGCAGCAACUCCCUUGAUAAUUUAAAUAGGGAUUUUUUGUUUGUGCUCGCAGUAGGGCCAAGCAGACAAGUUCUGCCCGUAAAUUCUUGGUUAUCCGACCCACCCAAGUCGCAGGCAAAAGGCGUUACGGCCUUCGUAAUAAAGCAACCUAAACGAAUCAAGGUGGGAGUUAUAAAACCAGCCAGGGGAGCCAAAGUGACAGUGAUAAGGAGAAAGCCGAAAACGAAGAAGAAAAAGCUUCAUAACAGACGUCCUAUACCUGACGAAGACCGCACAGGAAUGCAGAGAGUCUAUCCGACCGAAGAACCGAGGUUGCGAUCAACAACGACAGCUCCGUUGACAACGACGUCAACAUACAGAAGCCCACCCACAACAGAAAUCAUAGAAUGGACAGGAGAAGAGAAUUCAGAUGACACUAUUAUGAAGAAGUUUUUCCCACAUAUGCAGCUCACCUUUGACAGACCAUCGAAAGGAGCUGCACGCAACAGGGUUGUGCAGUCUUACCUGAUUGACGCACCACGUUCUGGUUCUCAGCGGUGCUACAUCUGUGCCUAA